AUGACAGCCAAAGACGAAGCCAAACAACUAGAUUCCGUCACGGAUCGCGUCAAGGACGUUGAAUUGGAUGCUUCGAAAGCACAAGAAGCUAUGACCGCCUUGAGCAGCGCCAACAAGGGAGAUGACAGCAAGGCUGCUGCCCUUGCCUCCAUGUCCGUGUCCAAAGAAGAUGUUGCUUUGAUUGUAUCAGAGCUUGAAGUUAGCGAAGAGGUUGCGGAGCGAGUUUUGAGAGAAGCGGCGCUUGAUGGAGCAGAGGGUGACAAAAUGUUGGAAGCAGCACUGCGGAGAUUGGUGACAGCAUAG